AAUAGACAGCACUGAGAUAAAUAUUUCCCUGUUCUUGGAUGAGUUAGGUGGGUUUUUUACUAUUUGUAUAUAAAUAGAGGUAAUCGCCUUUUAAGGCCAAGCAUAUUUUAUCAAAACCUGACAAAAGAGAAACAAUCCCCUACACACUUCGUUUGACCACCAUGGUAACCCCUCAUCCUCCUUCAGUUCUCACUACCAUGCCAACAGUUUAUCCUCCAACACUUCUCACUUCCAUGCCAGCACUUCAAAUCCCUCCUGAUCUCCCUGCUUACUUGCAAGAAAAGGAUCUUUCCCAAGAAUGCAGGGACUUGAUAGUCUCACUGCCCGCUGAAAAAGGCUGGGUUGCGAAUUAUCUCCAUCAAUAUCAAGGCUUCUGGCACACCACGAGGCAACUAAAAGGCGUGAUAGCUUGCCAAAAUCAUUUCCAAGCUCAAGAGAGUGAUAUCUUCCUUGUCACAACUCCUAAAUCAGGCACUACUUGGCUGAAGGCAAUAAUGUUUGCCUUAGUGAACCGGAAGCAUUUUUCUGACACUAAACAACAGCACCCCUUGCUUACUAAUAAUCCUCAUGUACUUGUUCCUUUCUUGGAGCAUCAAUACAUUGAUACACAACUUCCUGAUUUCACCUCCUUCACUUCUCCGAGACUGUUUUCGACCCAUUUACCUUUUGCUUCUCUUCCAAAAUCCGUGGAGGACUGGGGUUGUAAGCUGGUUUACUUGUGUAGGAACCCUAAGGACACUUUUGUGUCACUUUGGCACUUCACCAACAAGCUGAGACCUAAAGAAAAAGGCGAGAAUUCACUUGAAGAGACCUUUGAUAAGUUCUGUAGAGGUGUGAGUUUGUAUGGGCCAUUUUGGGAUCAUGUUUUGGGGUAUUGGAAGCAGAGUUUGGAAAAGCCUGAAAGGGUAUUAUUCUUGAAGUAUGAAGACUUCAAGGAAGAGCCUAAGGGUCAUUUGAUGAAAUUGUCUGAGUUCCUGAACUGUCCAUUCUCACAAGAAGAAGAAAGUAGUGGUGCUAUGGAUGAAAUCUUGAACUUGUGUAGUUUUGAUUAUUUGAGCAAUCUUGAAGUGAAUAAGACAGGAAAAUUGCCGUCCGGGGAGGAGAAUAGCGCAUUUUUCAGGCGAGGUCAGGUCGGAGAUUCCAAGAGUCAUUUGAGUGCCGAGAUGUCGGAAAAAAUGGACCACAUCACUAAGGAGAAGUUGCAGGUUUCAGGAUUAAAUUUGUAGAUCCAUCUUUAUUUAUUAUAAGCUCAAGUAGUAUUGUCAAAUUGCAUUGUUUAGUGACGUCUAGGUGGCUGCAUUAGUGUGUCUGUUGGUGCUUCUGUCGUAUUACAAUCAAUUAUUAAGUUACAGUCUUUGGUAUGUACAAGGAUGUCUUAUUGGAAGAUAAAUAAAUGUUUAAAUAUAUUAUAAGAUCCUCUA